AUGAACAACAUAAACGGCACUAAUUUCAAUCUUGGUCUGAAUAAUAACUUUAAUAACAGUGAUCCAUUUAAUGGCGGACCAAAACCAGAUAUCAUAAUACAAGAACUUGAUAGCGAAAAAAUAAAAUUCAUAUUAACAAACACAGAGUUGAGUGUUGCUAAUGCAUUACGACGCCUCAUGAUAGCUGAAGUGCCGACCAUAGCAAUCGAUAUGGUUGAAAUUGAGCUAAACACAUCUGUCCUUGCGGAUGAGUUUAUUGCGCACAGACUCGGGUUAAUCCCAUUAGAUAGCAUGGAGGCUGAAAAAAUCAAAUAUACACGGGAAUGUAACUGUUCCCAAUAUUGUCCAAAUUGCUCGGUCGAAUUAACGCUACACGCAAAAUGUGUGCAAGAUGGUCAGUCACUUGAGGUGUGUAGUCGUGAUUUACAGACGAGUGAUCCACGAGUGUCGCCUGUUUUGAAAGAUGAUAAUGAUAAAGGAAUAUUGAUUGCGAAACUUCGUAAAGGACAGGAAUUAAAAGUCAAGUGUGUGGCAAAGAAGGGUGUCGCAAAAGAACAUGCAAAAUGGAGUCCGUGCGCAGCCGUAGCUUUUGAAUAUGAUCCACACAAUAGGCUACGACACACGCAUUAUUGGAAAGAAGAGGACGAGAAAAAGGAAUGGCCUCUUGGUACGAAUGCGAUUCAAGAACCACCUAUGACCGAUGACGAACCAUUUGACUAUAACGCGACUCCUAAUAAAUUCUAUUUUACCGUAGAAGAAAUUGUAAUGUCCGCAUUGAAGCGGCUACAAGAAAAACUAGGGAUGCUUCAAAUCGCAUUGGCGGAUGACACGACCGAACAGCUUCAUUUGCGACAGCAGCAACAAAGACAACAGGAACAGCAAGAAGCGCAGGAACAAGCGUUGUUGAGACAACGGUAUAUCCCACAAUCAGACGAUAAUCUCUCGUUCUCUUGA